UAACUUUAAUUAGAUCGCUUUCCAAACUGACUUUAAAUCCAAAACAGAUAAAGUUAGGUUGCAAUCUUGUCUUUCUGGACUUCAUGCUAAACAAAUGAGUAUCAUUGUAUAUGGACUUGAAGUUCCAUUUUCCUAAUAUUUUCUCGAUCAAUUAUGCCAGCAAUUUCUUCCACAUAUACAGACAAAUCUUUCCUUUAACCUCACACCCACUCACAAGGCUACAUGGCCUCAAAAUCACGUCAGCUUCAUAUCAUGUUCUUCCCCCAAUUUGCCCAAGGACACUUGAUCCCAACAGUGGACAUGGCUAGACUAUUUGCUAGGCAUGGAGUAAAGGUGACAAUUGCUACUACUCCACUUAAUGCUCAUCUCUUUGCCAACACAAUUCAAAGAGAUAGGGAAUUAGGCCUUGAAAUCAGUACUUGCAUAAUAAAAUUUCCUUCGGCUGAGGCUGGCCUACCUGAAGGAUGCGAGAAUCUGAGUUCCAUCACUUCCGAAGAAAUGCUAGACAAGUUCCGCAAGGCUUUCAACCUUUUCCAACCACCAAUUGAACAGCUCAUUGAAGAACAUCGCCCCGAUUGCCUUGUGGCUGACAUGACGUUUAUAUGGGCUACGGAUGCUGCUAGCAAGUUCGGGAUUCCAAGGCUGGUUUUUAAUGGGACUAAUUGCUUCGCUCUGUCUAUCAUUCAUAGCUUAAUGCGCCAUGAACCCUUCAGAAACAUAGCCACUGAUUUUGAAUCAUUUGAUGUCCCUGGCCUUCCGGACCAGAUAAAGAUGACAAGAAUGCAGCUUCCAAAUCAUAUGAGAGAAGAAGAUAAUGAGCGAAAGAAGCUGUUGAAAGAAGCUUUGAAAUCAGAGCUGACAAGCUAUGGAGUCAUCUUCAAUAGUUUCUACGAGCUGGAACCAGCAUAUAAAGAACACUACUCCAAAAUUUUGGGACGGAAGGUAUGGCACAUCGGUCCUGUGUCACUCUGCAAUAAGAACAACGAUGAUAAAGCUGAAAGAGGAGAUGUAGCCUCGAUUGAUAGACAUGAGUGUUUAAGAUGGUUAGACUCAAAGAAACCUAACUCAGUUCUCUAUAUAUGUUUCGGAAGUAUGUUCAGGUCUUCAGCUGCUCAACUAAAUGAGAUAGCGAAGGGUCUUGAAGCUUCUGGACAGAAUUUCAUUUGGGUUGUAAGAAAGGUGAAUAGUGAAGACAAAGAAGAAUGGUUGGCAGAAGGAUUUGAAGAGAGGAUGGAAGGGAAGGGAUUGAUAAUUAGGGGAUGGGCACCCCAGGUUCUAAUUCUUGAUCAUGAAGCUACAGGAGGGUUCAUGACUCAUUGUGGCUGGAACUCUACAAUAGAGAGUAUCACUGCUGGGGUGCCAAUGGUCACUUGGCCUCUCCAUGCAGAGCAAUUUGCUAAUGAAAAGUUGAUUAUAGAUAUCCUAAAAGCAGGAGUUAGUACAGGAGCCAAAGAAUGGUCUAGAUGGGCAGAUGAUACAAAGUUUAAAGUUACCAAGGAUGACAUACAAAGGGCAGUGACUAGGCUAAUGGUUGGUGAAGAAGCUGAGCAAAUCAGAAACCGAGCUAGGGAAUUGAAAGAAAUGGCGAGGAGGGCUGUGGAAGAAGGUGGGUCGUCUUACUCUGAUUUGAAUGCUUUAUUAGAUGAAUUGAGAUUGAACUGCCCCUGAAAAUAGGCUAUCAGAUCAAAUCUUUUUUUUCUUCUGCUACGCUACUUCAUAAAAGAAAUUAAACCUUGAUAUAAUUUCAUGUGUGUCAAUUUAUCAUUUGACUAAAAAGGCUAAAUGACCUCAAAAACAAAUCAGCUUAAUGUCCUUUUCUUCCGUUUCCUGGCCCAUGGGCACAUGAUCCCAACAGUUAUUUGCCAGGAAUUGGGUGUUAAAAUCAGUACUCACAUAAUAAAAUUCCCUACGGCGGAGAGGCAGCCUUGCCAGGGAGAUUUCACUUUGAUAUCAGAGUUCCAUCACUUCAUCAGAAAUGAUUGCCACAUUCAACAAGGUCAUUAGGCUUUUAGAAGCAACUGCUUUAGUAGCCCCUUGAGAAUGCUGCCCCAAAUGCUUGGUGGCAGGUUCGACGUUUCAGUGGGCUACAGAUUUGUUGAGAAGCUUAGAAUUCGAAGGUUGUUUUUUUGUGAAACAAGCUUUGCUGUUUCUUUCUUGGACAGCUUAGUACGACAUGACCCUCACAAUAAUGUAAAAUCUGAUUCCUGGACUCCCCAGACCAGAUGAAGAAGACAAGAUUACAACAAUUAAGCUAUCUGAUAGAGAAGGAAAUAAGCAUGGAGUGUCGAAAGUAAAUGGAUCGGACUUUACAAUUGAAGCUAACGAGCUAGAGUCCUCGUAUGGCUAAUUGGCCCUGUUUCACUCAGGAACAAGAGCGCUCAAGAUAAAACAGCUAGAGGCAAUGCAACUACCACUGAUAAACAUGAUAGCUAAAAAUGGCUAGACUCAAAUAAACCCAACUCGGUUUUUUUAAUCUAUAUUUUGGUAGUUUGUAAUGUGUUUCAUCUGAAGCAGAUUACCAAAAACCUUGAAGCUUCUGGAUAGAAUUUCAUUUAGGUUGCCAGAAACCUUUUAAAGUCUUUUUUCAUGUUCCUCUUGUGUUUUCCUUUGCAAUGUAGAUGGCCUAGGCAAGCAUAAAACCUGGAUCAACUAAUAAUGUCACCCAAGACAUGUUAUUAUUCUUAACAGUAGUUGCAACAGAUUAUCCUUUCAUUAUAUCGGAGACAUGGAGACUUAAAAUGCCAAACGUUGGAGACCUAAAAUGCCAAACCAAAUAAAAAAUAAUAAUAAAGGACAAAUAG